AUGCUCAUUACGGUACUCGCUCUCUUGGCCCAGUUCUACGUUGCACUCUACCCAAUUGGUGGUCCCAAUCUGAACGCCGACGCUUGGUUCCAAUCUUAUCUUGCUGGUCCCUUGCUCAUCUUCCUUUACGCGGUUUGGAAGGGGUACAGUUGGUUCGUCAGACCUGCAGACCGCGCGCUGUUCAUCAGAACCAAGGACAUCGACAUUUACAGCGGCAUGAGCGAGAUUGCACGCGAAGCGAUGGCCGGUGAUAAAGAAGCUCAACAGAAGAGAACUCCUAUGCAACUUGUCAAGGAAUUCUUCGGCACCUUCAUUUAA